AUGGUGGUCAGUUGUUCAAAGCGGACAUGUUAUUGGCAGGGAUUGGGGGUGAAGCCCGAUAAGGGGGGAAGAUCUUUAUCCGAAAGCGCAUACCUGGAUCUAUCUACCUAUGCCAAUGGGCCUAGGCACGGGCGGGCGUGGACUGAAUUUACGGUAAACGCGAUUGUCAGUAACGGGUAUUCUUUGGAUUACUACGCCACCACGUAUUGUGGGAUGCAAAUUUUGCUCGGUAGUACCGCCACAAAAAGCAACUCCGGGAAGGGCGGGCGAAAAAGGGGCGAUGGAUUUUUUUCUCUCGCGGGCCCCAGAGUGGAGAACCGACAGAGCAUCCAGUGGGCUGAUCGCUUGUCCCAUCGCGCGGCCUCCUACUAUGGACCCAUUCCAGGGUACUGGAAAUCACGAAACACUGGCAGCAACGGAACCCCACGGUUGGCUGCUGUUGUACCAGACGUGCGCACACCUCCUACUAGGCACGUAUACAAAGGAAGUGCCCGCCUGGACACUACCACCAUUGGUUCCGGUCUAGUUUUAGCUCCAGCAGGUAAGUACGAAGUAGGAACUUCGGUACCGCCCGGCCCAGGCCGCGCCAGUACGAACCGUACCAGUAAGGCUGUGCCAUUGCUUACGGGGCGCUGA